CCUUCACCUCGAGCAGCUCCACCUCGGACGCGGAAGAGUCGAGUGAGGAGCCGCCUGGAGCGCCCGCGUCGCCUCCGGGGACCAGGCGCUACCCGGAGCCGCGCGGCACGGGGCUAGGCCGUCGCCCGCAGAACAUGGCGCCCUGGACGCUGUGGCGCUGCUGCCAGCGCGUGGUGGGCUGGGUGCCGGUGCUCUUCAUCGCCUUCGUGGUGGCCUGGUCUUACUACGCGUACGUGGUGGAGCUGUGCGUGUUUACAAUUUCUGGAAAUGAAAAUGGAAAGACCGUUGUUUACCUUGUGGCUUUCCAUCUGUUCUUUGUUAUGUUUGUAUGGUCCUAUUGGAUGACAAUAUUCACAUCUCCCGCUACCCCCUCCAAAGAGUUCUACUUGUCUACUUCUGAAAAGGAAGGUUAUGUAAAGGAAUUCAGCCAAGAAAGACAACAAGAAAUUUUGAGAAGAGCAGCAAGAGACUUACCUAUCUAUACCACAACAGCUUCAAGAACUAUCAGAUAUUGUGAAAAAUGUCAGUUGAUUAAACCCGAUCGGACCCAUCACUGCUCAGCAUGUGACACAUGUGUUCUUAAGAUGGAUCAUCACUGUCCUUGGGUGAAUAACUGUGUUGGAUUCUCUAAUUACAAAUUCUUCAUGCUGUUUCUAUUGUAUUCUCUCUUAUAUUGCCUUUUUGUUGCAACAACAGUUUUAGAAUACUUUAUAAAAUUUUGGACGAAUGAGCCGACAGAUACACGUGCAAAAUUCCAUGUCCUUUUCCUUUUCUUCGUGUCUGCAAUGUUCUUCAUCAGUGUACUCUCACUCUUCAGCUACCACUGCUGGCUGGUUGGAAAAAAUAGAACAACGAUAGAAUCAUUCCGUGCACCUACAUUUUCAUAUGGACCUGAUGGAAAUGGUUUCUCUCUUGGGUACAGUAAAAAUUGGAGACAAGUAUUUGGUGACGAAAAGAAAUACUGGCUACUUCCAGUGUUUUCAAGCUUGGGUGAUGGUUGCAGUUUCCCAACGCGCCUAGUGGGGAUGGAUCCAGAACAAGCUUCUGUUACAAACCAGAAUGACUAUGCCAGGAGUAUUGGCUCAAAUCCACCUUUUCCUACCAAACCACUUAGUGAAUCAAAAAACCGUUUGUUGGACACUGAAUCUCAGUGGCUGGAUAAUGGAGCUGAAGAAGGUGCCAUCAGAUCAGGGACAAAUAACCACGUUACAGUGGCAGUAGAAAAUUGAGUACCACUUGUUCAUAACUAACCAUUCGAUAAGAGCAAGGUGUAUAAAAACAUUAUGGACCAAUGUUUUCCAUUUUAUUUGCAAGAAAAUGUCCAAUGGAGUAAAAUCAAGUAUAAGAGAAGAUCUAUUUUUUAAAAA